UAAUGACCUCGGCAUCCAAAGGAAUUCUCCGGCCAUUUCUGAUCAUCUGUGCCGUCCUGGGCUGCUUCAUAGCAUGUCUGCUCCUCUACAUCAAGCCCACCAGUAGCUGGGUCUUCAGCCCCAUGGAGUCGGCCAGCUCAGUCUUGAAAAUGAAAAACUUCUUCUCCACAAAAACAGACGAUUUCAACGAGACCACCAUUCUCAUCUGGGUGUGGCCGUUCGGACAGACCUUUGACCUCACCUCCUGCCAAGCCAUGUUCAACAUCCGCGGGUGUCACCUCACCACCGACCGCUCCCUGUACAACAAGUCCCACGCGGUUCUCAUCCACCACCGGGACAUCAGCUGGGACCUGACCAACCUGCCUCCGCAGGCUAGGCCGCCCUUCCAGAAAUGGAUCUGGAUGAAUCUGGAGUCACCGACUCACACUCCCCAGAAGAGCGGCAUCGAGCACCUGUUCAACUUAACUCUGACUUACCGCCGAGACUCUGAUAUUCAAGUGCCUUACGGCUUCCUGUCCGUGAGCACCAACUCCUUCGUGUUCGAAGUGCCGAGCAAAGAGAAGCUGGUGUGCUGGGUUGUGAGUAACUGGAACCCCGAACACGCCCGGGUCAAGUAUUACAACGAGCUGAGCAAGAGCAUUGAGAUCCACACCUUCGGGCAAGCGUUUGGGGAGUAUCUGAAUGACAAAAACCUGAUUCCUACCAUAUCUACUUGCAAAUUUUAUCUUUCCUUUGAAAACUCCAUCCACAAAGAUUACAUUACGGAAAAGCUUUACAAUGCGCUGCUGGCCGGCGCCGUCCCUGUUGUUCUAGGACCGUCCAGGGAAAACUAUGAGAACUAUAUCCCAGCAGAUUCGUUCAUUCACGUGGAAGACUAUAACUCCCCCAGCGAGCUAGCCAGGUAUCUGAAGGAGGUGGACAGAAACAAUAAGUUGUAUCUUAGUUACUUUAGCUGGAGAAAGGAUUUCUCGGUGAAUCUUCCACGGUUCUGGGAAUCACACGCUUGCUUAGCUUGUGACCACGUCAAAAGGCACCAGGAAUAUAAAGCUGUUGGAAAUCUAGAGAAAUGGUUUUGGAAUUAAAGUUUUCUGUCAUUUGCACACUUGGCAAGUUAUUGUAACGAAAUGCCAUUCAAGGUGUGAGAAUGAGAAGAGAGAUGUAUGUAUAUUUUCAGAAGAUCAGCAUUAGCACAGAAUCCACUGGGUUUAAAUUAUCCUGUACAUAGCUAAUCGUGCACUGGCAAUGAUUUAUUCUUGCUCUGAUAUGUACA